AUGAUUCCAGGGGGCAGGCUUGCGCCGAAGGCCUGCGGUCCGGACGGGGUGUACCUCAAGCGGAGCGUUGAGGCCAUCGUCGAGGCGACGGGGGAGGUGUUGGCCGAGGUGAUCGUCGUUGACGACGGGACAGAGCCGCCCGUGCGGAAGCCUCAGCUGGCGGGCCUCGACUGGGAGCACCUGGACAGCCCGCGGCGAGCCGCCAGGCGGCCGAGGCUCCGGUGGCUGCGGAACGACCGCCCGACGUCGGCCACCGCGGCGCGUGGUCGAGGUGGCGACGCCGCGGCUGGCGAGGCGAUCGCCUUCUUCGACUGCUACGUCAAGCCUACGAAGGGGUGGGCGGAGCCCGUGCUGCGGCUGCUGCGCGACAGGCCGCGCGCCGUUGCGCUGCCCGCGCUCCACGACAUAGACAAGGAGGCGUGGGAGCUCAUCGGGCCGCGGGGGGGCACGAAGACCCACUUCGACAACGUCAUCACCUGGGAGGCGGAAUCGAUACAGCUCUACUUCCCCCCGAAGGACGUCAAUUGGUCAUUCCCGGUUGACCAGGGCAACGUGCCAGUCUUCAGCAGUAGUUGGUGGAAAGAGUCUGGAGGGUACGACCGCCUGCAGGUUGGCUCUUCGACGCUCUUCACCGAGAACAUUGAGAUGUCCUUGCGGGUGUUGCUCUGCGGAGGAGAGUUCGUGCCAGUAUACGACAGCGUCGUGGGCUUUUGCCAUUCGCAGCACGGCACGCUGCAUCACGAAAGGCCAGACAUGACGCUCAACCAGGCCAGGAUCAUGACCGCAUGGUUCGGCAGCUGGAAGUCGAAGGGCCUGUCCAGGCCAAAGUUCGUGGAGUUCCUCACAGGUCAGCGCCAGGUUGGAGAUCUGUCAGGCAUCAAGGAGGUGCAGCGAAGGCUCGGGUGCGCAGACUUCGGGGUGUUCCUGCAGCGCAUGCGAGUGCCGCUCGAGAUCAUGGGCCUUCUUCCAAGGGAGGUCUUCUCUUUCCAUGAGAAAAGCACGGGGCUUUGCUUGCAGGAGUGGGACGUGAACACUUGGGGGAUGGCCCCUUGCACCGGAUCGGACAGCUCUGGGCAGCUCUUCGUGCCGAAGAACGCGGCCCUGGACGGAGCCGGGAAGCUCACCUGCUGCACCUCGUAUGGGCCCUGGAACUUCGUGGCAGCCGAAGAGGCCUCGCUUGUGCAGUGGGGCUCCUGCCAGAGUGACUCCGAGGGCCUGGCGGUGCCAGCGCAGCGCUUCGAGCUGCGCCACGUCUCGGGGGGUUCGCCGGCGGAGUUCUCCCUCUCCCUGGAGGGGGGGCGCUGCCUGAGCUCCAGCCUGCCCGGCUCCAGCGAGCCCGCGGUAACGCCGGCCAUGCUCGCGUGCAGUGCGGGAGAUCGUGCGCAGCGGUGGCGGUGGUUGAAGCCCUCGGAGCAGAUCGUUGGCCUGCUCAUGGGGGCCCGGUGCAUCGCCUGCGGCCGCCCGCAGCCCAGCGACUGGGUGCGGCAGGAGAUCUUCGCCGAGCGCGUGCCGGUCUUGUGCCCCAGCUGUGGCGACGGUCUCGUCAAGCCGGACAUCGUUUUCUUCGGCGAGGACCUGCCCGACCGCUUCCACGAGCUCAGCCUGGGCGACUUCCCCGAGGCCGAGCUGCUCAUCGUGAUGGGCACCUCGCUGUCCGUGGAGCCGCUCGCCUCCCUGAUCCACAGGGCGCGUCCCCGUGGGAGGGGGGAGUGA